CCAAAAAUAUUUAAACUAAAAAUAAAACGAGACCCUUCGUUGACCUGAACAGAAAGUUCAACAUUCAGUUAGUUACUCCACUCACGUUUGUGCAUAUUGUUUCGUAUUAAAAAUACAUUGCAUCCUUGAGCUUAAAGAUGUGCAUACAAUUCAAAUUGGCAUUGCCUGAGUCUAGAUCGAACAGAUUCUUCAUCAUGCAGAAUAUUGAAGGAAAUAUUGAAGAAAAACUUGAAAUUCAUGAAAAUGCAUAUGAUAAACUCAAUGAAACCAUAAUAGCAUUCAAACGUUGUGGAUUUGACAAAGUGAUGAAAGAGACCUACGACGGUCUCCUGAACGUAUGGUCAAAACAUAGAGCCUCUCUGGCCUUCAUCAAGGAGAAAAUUCGAGAGACAGAUCUUCAUCGAAUAUUCAAGUCAGACCAAGUUAAUCGUGAGGAUGAGGAUGUUGUAAAAUAGAUUGAGGACGAUGAGAAAGUCAUGAAACAGCUUGCUCUCGACUUUCAUGCACUUAGCGUUAACAAUAACUAACAAAGAUUACAUUCCAAAAUCGAUCAAGAUAAACAUAAUAUAAAACAUCGUGACUCUUGAAGUCUCUCGAAAUUUAAGUUUGUUUGCUAAUUAAUAUUUUCUGUCCAGCCAAUCUCACAAUUGUGAAUUGUUCAAGAUAUUUUUGUGAAAAAAUGCUAUAAAACAAAUAACUAAUCAUUACUAUUAAAGGAAUAAAAUCACUUAAU